AUGGACGAAGAUCCCGACUUCGAUUACGAGAUGGAGCCACAGGCAACCUACGCUGUCCUUCAAGGCAGCGCCGAGGAGGCCAUGGACGAACUCAGUAGUGAAGGAAUGGCCAUGUCCGACGCUGGUUCUCGCUCUGAAGUACUCGAAAAGGCAGAUGUAGAUUUCAACGAUGCCUCAAUCCCACGACAGGCAGUCGAUCAAUACCCAAGCCUCCCCGAUGCGCCGUCUCAAGCCGAAACAGGAGGGAUCACUGAGGUCAGCAAGAUCCCCUUGGAAGAUGCAACACAUCCAAUCGAAGCCGCGCACGAAUUCAACGAUGAAGCUGUGCUCGAGCAUGUCUCGCACUUCGAGGAAAGCGGAGCAACUCGUUCUGACCAAGACGGUGACCACCUUGACGGCAGUGGGCAAUCCGACAGACAUCUGAUCGAGCAACGAGCUCGUGGCGUGGAAGAGGAGGAGCAUCAUGAACAGCAUAAAGAUGAUGGCGUUCUUGCAUCACAACGCGACUCAAUUGUCGCGCCUGAUCUGGAAGAAAGCGACCAGCUCGAUGAGAUCAGUGGAGAAGAUGUUGCUGAAAAUGGAGAUCAAGACGAGAUUGGGCAGAAUGGAUAUGCACAUUACGAUGUAGAGAAUGGGCAGGAUACAGCGAUCCGCGUAACCUUUCACGGCCAAGAUUUUGUGCUGUUCUCACAAUCCGACAUCCCGACCUUCCUCGCGAUGCCUUCCAACGGCGAGCAGACAGAUUCAACUUAUGGUGUCGAUGAUGUGGUGCAUAUUGAGGCGCCGGCGCUUCAGAUAUCGAAAGAUGUUCUCUGGCAGCCCCUUGACAGCUUGUUUGCCGGUCUCAGAGAGAAGAAUGCCCUCGGCGAUUUCCUCGAUGAAUCGCACGAACUACACAUCGCUUUCCCCGAUCUUGAUCUGGAUGUGGCGGAAGACAAUCUCUACUGUCGCGAGAUCAGUCUGGACGAUCUCUUGCAGCUUCACCACGGACUCGGACUGCCAACGAGUCUGCACAUUCAGGUUCUGGAGCGUCCGCGCUUUAUUACAAAGUACAACGAACUUGCACAGCAUGUGGCUGGUCUUCUCGCCAACCAGCUGCAGCAUAGCAGCGACGAUGAAGAAGAGGCGGCAAAUUCUGGCAAUCGGGCGAGGGAUGUAGAGGGCGUCGUUGAGCCUGUGCGCGCAUCCGAGCGUUUUCAAGCUUCAGUCGGAAUUGCCGCAAAGGGAGCAUUCAACAGCCAACACGCAGAAGCGCCGCAAACAAACGGCGAUGUAGCGGUCGACCACAAUGAUGCGCGUGCAACUACAGGCCCUCAUCGUGCGUCGACAUCGCAUCUAAGCGCUGUGUCUCAAAAUGAUGCGUCCGAAUACGAGGCAGUGCAAGGAAAUGCACAUGAAGCAGAUGAACACGCUGACCCACGCCAAGAAGAUCCAGACAACCAGCUCGAGACAAGAGAAGAGGUGGAGGGAGGACUGGAGCAGCCUGCCGGAGAGCUCGAUGCCGAGGAGUGGGAAGACAAGGAAGGCGUAGUCCUCAGCCAUGAAGAAACGGCGGAAGAGAACGGCGAGCCAGCGUCACAUGCAGACGGAGAUCCUGAAGCGGCACUAGCAGAGGAGGCGGAAGAAGCAUAUCAAGCGGCACAUGCAGGAUCAGAGACGGUCGCAAACGAAGCAGAGGAGAAAGCAGAGGACGAGGAUGAGGUGGAUGACGUCAGAGAGCCCGAAGGAGACGAGGAGAAGGAGGAGCAUGAACAAGGAGACGGUCAGAUGUAUGAGAAAGACUAUGCAGAGGAGAGGGAAGAGGAUGAGGAUGAGGGUGAGGGUGAGGGUGAGGGUGAAGAAUAUGUCGACGAGGUGGUAGAUCAAGGCGAGGACGUGGAGGAGACUUUCUACACAACCGUCAACAGCGGAUCCGAAGCCGAAGAGGACGAACUGGAGGAUCCUGAGCAUGGCGUGGCGCACAGCUCCGCCUACGUUCAGCCUGCAGAUGGUCUUGAAGCCACAUACGCAGUUCAGGGCGCCGAGGAUGAGCAAGAGUGGCAAGGUACGUGUGACGCGCCAUCUCUAACGGAUCUCACUUUGUCGACUGACAUGUUCGUACUUGCUUCUCCCCGCACUAAUCCCGCAGAAGACGAAGCGGAAGAGCAGAUCUUCGAGUACACUGAAGAUCAGGACGAAAACGACAUCGCUCCCGGAUCGGCGUCGACACCGUCGACGCCGUACCACGCGGGUGCACAACACAAGCGGGGCCUGGAUGACGAGGACGAGGACGAGGAAGCCGCUUACGAGCAGGACGACUACGAAGCCGGGAGCAAACGUGUCAAGGUGGAUUAA